UUCACACUUCGUCUUCUCUCGCUCAGCCGCCCAACUUAGCCUGGGAAGAAGAGGCAGAUCCUGCCGGGCAGGGAUGUCCCCCUCGGCAGUCCGCGGGUGCUGGCGCGGGAUCCGUUCGGCCUUUUACUGAGCAAGAGGCGCUUCUGGGUGAGAAGCAGUGAGGACGAGCCACCCACUGCGGGCGCCCCCAGAGUGAAGGGCUUCUUGGUGGACCCACCAGAAGCUCGAGGAGGAUGAUCCCUUACCAUUACUCCCUCCUGGUGCUGUGGCUGCAGCUGGAUCGGGCCCAGUUGCUCAGCCCCAACGACCCCAACGUCUGCAGCUACUGGGAAAGUUUCACCACCGUGUCCAAGGAAUCCUUCGUGCAGCCCUUUGUCCAGGAGGCCAAGCAGCCCUGCAAAAGCCCGGCGUGGCUCUCGGCAAAGACCUGCCCUCAGCACAGAGUCCUGUACAAGGCAGCCUAUCGGCAAGGCGUAAAGGUGGACUACCGGCGACGCCAGCACUGCUGCCAGGGUUUCUACGAGAGCAACGACGUCUGUGUCCCUCGGUGUGCCCAGGAGUGUGUGCACGGGCGGUGCGUGGCUCCGGACCAGUGCCAGUGCGAGCAGGGGUGGCGGGGCCCAGACUGCUCCAGUGAGUGCAGCAGCCAAUCCUGGGGGCCCAACUGCCAGAACCCCUGCACAUGCUUGAACGGAGGCAGCUGUGACCCCCUGAGUGGGGCCUGCGCUUGCCCCCCGGGCUACCGCGGGCGGGAGUGCCAGGAGCCCUGUGCCACGGGGACCUACGGCCAAGAAUGCCGGCUGGACUGCCACUGCAGGAACGGUGCGGGCUGCGACCACGUGACCGGCGCCUGCCUCUGCUCUCCGGGCUAUGCUGGGCCCCACUGCGAGAUCCCCUGCGCCAACAGCACCCAUGGAUUCCAAUGCCCGGCCUCCUGCCCCUGCCAGAACGGGGGCAUUUGCCACCCCCCCACAUCCAGCCAAUGUGCCUGCCCCCCUGGAUGGAUGGGCGACAUCUGCUCCGCCCGGUGCCCCGAUGGGCGCUUCGGCUCCAGCUGCCAGGAGGAGUGCCAGUGCCACAACGGAGGCCAGUGUGACCCCGAUUCGGGCCAGUGCCGCUGUGCCCUGGGCUACCUGGGAGAGGAAUGCCGCGAGAAGUGCCCCAUCGGCAAAUACGGGCAAGACUGCAGCCAGACCUGCGACUGCACCAACGGGGGCCACUGCUUUCACAUCAGCGGGGGCUGCCUGUGCGAGGCCGGGUUCUACGGCAGCCGCUGCGAGGAGCGCAAAUGCCUCCCCGGGCUGUAUGGGCUCAGCUGCAACUUUCCUUGUCUCUGCGACCCUCAGCGCACGCAGAGCUGUCACCCCAUCUCUGGAGAAUGCUCCUGCAAGGCAGGGUGGGCUGGCCUCUACUGCAACGAGACAUGCCCCCAAGGCUAUCACGGCGUCCGAUGCCAGGAUCCCUGCCUGUGCCUGAACGGGGGCACUUGCGACGGCGAGACGGGGCACUGCAGCUGCCUGCCUGGCUAUACGGACAAGCACUGCUCCAGGCCGUGCCCGGAAGACACUUACGGGGCGAAUUGCUCCCAGGAGUGCAACUGCCAGAACGCCUUAGGCUGCGCUCCAGCAGAUGGGACCUGUGUCUGCAAGGAAGGCUGGCAGGGAGCAGCCUGUUCUGACCCCUGUCCUGCGGGCACCUGGGGGGCCGGCUGCAACCAAACCUGCCCCUGUGCCAACGGAGCGACCUGCAGCCCCGUCGACGGACGAUGCACCUGCAGCGCUGGGUGGCAAGGCAGCCAGUGCACGCAGCCAUGCCCGAACUGGUUCUACGGGCUGGGCUGCAGCGGGAAGUGCGCCUGCGAAAAUGCCGCUGGCUGUGACCCCGUCACCGGACAAUGCCGCUGCCUCCCUGGAUGGAAAGGACCCCGUUGCAGCCAGCCGUGUGCAGAGGGCCUGGGGGGGGACCAGUGCCGCCAGCCAUGCUUGUGCAAGAAUGGUGCCAGCUGUUCCCCCAAGGAUGGGGUCUGUGAGUGCACCCCUGGCUUCCGGGGGCCCACCUGCCAGCGGCCCUGUCAACCUGGCCGUUAUGGCAAGAAGUGCUCUGUGCCCUGCAAGUGUGCCAAUCACUCCAUCUGCCACCCCGUGGAUGGCUCCUGUGAUUGUCCUCCUGGAUGGACGGGCAGCGAUUGCUCAAGACGCUGCGCUGCCGGGUCCUUUGGGAACAACUGUAGCUCCCGGUGCCAGUGCCAGAACGGGGCCUUCUGUGACCCAGGCACAGGUGUCUGCUUGUGCCCAGCAGGCUACACUGGCACUCACUGUGAGACCGGCGGCCCCGAUCACCCCCUCACCAUGGUGCCAGCCUCGCCAGCCGCCACCUCCUCCCUGGGUGCCGUGAUUGGCAUCGUCAUCCUGGCCGCCUUGCUGGCGGCUGUGCUGGUGUUGUUCUUCUGUUACCGGCAGUGGCAGAAGGAGAAGGAGAACCGGCACGUUUCCGUGGCCUACACCACGGGGAGAACGGACAGUUCGGAGUACGUCGUCCCUGAUGUGCCUCCCAGCCACAUCCAUUACUACUCGAACCCCAGUUACCACACCCUCUCACCGUGUUCCCCCAGCUUCCCCCUCCCACGCAGCUCGGAGCAGCCCGGCAAGAGCCUGGAGCGGGACUGGUCAGGACUGCACGGAGCCGACUGCAACACCACCUUGCCCAGCGAUUGGAAGCACCACCGGGGCAGCCCAGCCCUCAGCGGCAGGGGGCACGGGGGAGGCUACCUGGACCGGAGUUGCAGCUACACCGACGGCCUUGGGAAAUACCGCUGCCAAGUGCACGCCAAGGAGACGCCCUGGGGUCAGAGUGACAGCUCGCUAAGCAGCGAGAACCCCUACGCCACCAUCAAGGACUGCCCUGGCCCCACUGGCAAGCUCCUGGAGGGCAGUUACAUGGAAAUGAAGUCCCCCUCCAAGCGUGAGAAGUCCUACGCGGAGAUUGGGCUCUUCGAAGAGACUUCCUGCAGCCCCACGAGCAAGGAAGAGGAAGCGAAUGCUUUGGCCGCAGAAGGCGCCUUGCAAGCGGCUCCAGCCAUCCCCCCCAACCACUACGAUUCUCCCAAAAACAGCCACAUCCCCAGCCACUACGACGUGCCUCCGGUCCGGCACUACCCGCCGUCGCCUCCACUCCGAAGGCAAGCCCGGUGAGGCCUCUGCCUGCUCGCCGCUGCCUGCUCCGGGCGAUCUCCGCAGGGAAGGACUGUGAGCCAGGAUGGCUGGUGCAUCAGCAAUGGACCGUGGGACGGCCUCCACGAAGAGGCAGCGGACGUGGCUCGGCGAGACAGGCCCACUUGGGGUGUCGGGGGGCUUCGCUCCAGCCCGGCUUCCAAGGGAGGGGUGAGCAAGCCCUGGCCUCGCCUCCGGGCCUCGGUCCCUCCCCAUCCCACCUCUCCCGCUGCAGAGAGGAAGCACCGGCCAAGUUCCGGAAAAAGCUGCAAGUGGCGGGGUUGGGUAUCCCAGGAAGACCGUCCCCCGUCAGAGAUCUCCUUGGGGCCUGCGUGUUCCUUCUGCCAAAGGGGAACGGCUGGAUUUGGGGCUGGGGAGUUGCUUUGGGAACCAUUCCCCGAGGUCGGUCCACGGGGCUCUCGGACUUCGCCAUUGGCAUUCAGAGGCUUGAGCAGGCUCUCUCCCUCCACCCUCUUAUGGCACCACCGUGGCCACUGAGCGUGUCUCUAGAGCAGUGUUUCUCAGCUUGGCCGCUUGAAGAUGGGGGGACUUCAACUCCCAGAAUUCCCCAUGCUGGCUGGGGAAUCCUGGGAGUUGUAGUCCACCCAUCUUCAGGGUGGCACUGACUCGACGUGCAAGAUUGAGAAACACUGCUCUAGAGCCUUUGUGCCACGUGAGAAAAGUUCUCAGGUUUGGACUGGACUGCUGGGCGCGGUUUCGAAGCCUGCAUUAGGAAGGGGUGCCCGAAGAGGGAAGUUUCCAAAGGGGAGGGGCCGCAGCCUGCCCCUCCUGCCCUCCCUGGCCUGAGCUACAGUUCCCAGAAGCCACAACCGGACCCCGACACUGGAAUUCAGCCCCAGCUGGAACGGCUCCGUCUCCCUGGCCUAACUGUGGCCCCCACCACUCGUCCAAUUCUUGAUGGGUUUGCUCACUUCCAACUCCCCUUUCUGACUACAGAAAACCAGUUUGGGGGCAGAAUUAAGUGAGGAGGGGUCCCUGUCCCUUCGCCGGCCGAAGAGAACAUCCGGGAACCGGGUCCAGCAGAGCGGAUGGAAGGAAGCACCGGGGCGCCUUCUGCUGUUCUGGGUCCCUCCAACAGCUGAAUAAAAACAUUUGGGUGGUUGCA